AAAAAGCGGGUGCGGGAUGAGGGCACCCCAACGAGCAAGGCCGCAGGCUGCCCAGCGCCGGUGGCGCCGGCGUUCCCUUAGCAGCAGCGCUCCGGAUUAAGGGAUGCCGAGCAAACCCCAACCCCGAGGAAGGGGGCAGCCCCUCCGCCCGAAGCCGGGCCCGUACCCGGCUCCUCUCCGCCUCGCCUGGCACGGCGGUAGCAGACCCCCCCCCCCCCAUGCGGCCAGCGCUGAGGGACUCCCCCCACUCCCCGCCGUUCCCCGCAGCCCCCCGGGGGCCUCCGCGCCGCGCGGCCCGGGGGUGGGAAGGGACCGGGGAGGGGCGGGCGGUCCCUGCCCGCGGGGGGGAGCGAAGCGCGGCAGCCCCCUCCCCCGCCUGCCCGCCGCCUUCCCUCGCCGCUCGGCCGGGCUACGCCGCCGCUGCCACCACCAACCCCGCCGCCUCCAUCUUGUGCGGGUGUCCCCUGCGCGCCCCCCCCUUUGCCUCCGCACGGCACCGAGAGCGGCGGCAGCCCGGGGAGGGGGUGAAGGGGGAGGCUGCUGUGGGGGAGGGGGGUGUUGGGGGGAGAAGCGGCACCGGGGCAGGAGCGGCGGCAGCGGCGGCAUGAGGAGGCGGCGCUGAGGCGGCGGCGGUAGCCGGAGCGGACGGAGCCGACAUCUUGUGCCCUCCCCUCCCGCCGCCGGCUGGGUGAGCCCGUCCGCCCCUGGGGGGAGGGGAGGGGGAGGCGGAAAGAGGAUAUAAAAAAAGAGGAGGAAAAAAAAAAAAAAAAGGAAAAAAAUAACAUUAAAAAAAAUAUCCCCCAAAGGAGGCGGCGGCAGCGGCGGAGCCCGCACUGAGGCGGCCAGCUCCAUGGGUGUCUGUUCCCCACGGCGCAGGAAUGGGUUUUAAAAGGCAAGAAGCAGCUGCCCGGAGCUGCGUGGCUGGCAGCACAGGACAGCGAUGCAGAGGAACAUCUCCAGACCUCAUGUUUGACUUCAUGUCCUGAAGAGUGGCAGAUUUUGGGUCUCUGGACUGCAGGGAUGAGGAAGCCUCGGAGGAGGUCGCGGCAGAGCGUGGAGGGGAGGCGUUCGCCUUCACCCUACAGCCUCAAGUGCUCACCCACUCGGGAGACACUGACCUAUGCUCAGGCCCAGCGGAUUGUGGAGGUGGACAUUGAUGGGCGGCUUCAUCGUAUUAGCAUCUACGAUCCCUUAAAGAUCAUCACAGAGGAUGAGCUGACUGCUCAGGACAUCACAGAGUGCAACAGCAACAAAGAAAACAGUGAGCAGCCCCUUUUCCCUUCCAAAUAUAAGAAAACCUCUUCCAAAGGCAAGAAGAAGGAGUCCUGCUCCAAACAUGCACCAGGGACAUAUUUACACUUACCCCAGCCCAACUUCCGUGUGGUGGACUCCUUCAGCCAACCAGAGGCUCCUCCUCUCCCUGCUGCUUACUACCGGUACAUUGAAAAGCCUCCUGAGGACCUUGAUGUAGAGGUGGAGUAUGACAUGGAUGAGGAGGAUCUGGCAUGGCUGGAAAUGGUCAACGAGAAGAGAAGGGAUGAUGGUUACGGCACAGUUUCUGCUGACACGUUUGAGUGGCUGGUGGAUCGGUUGGAAAAGGAGUCGUAUCUGGAGAGCCGGAACAACGGGGCUCAGCAGUCCCUCAUUGAUGAGGAUGCCUUCUGCUGCGUCUGCAUGGAUGAUGAGUGUCACAACAGCAACGUCAUCCUGUUCUGUGAUAUCUGCAACCUGGCUGUACACCAGGAGUGUUACGGCGUGCCCUACAUCCCUGAGGGGCAGUGGCUUUGCCGCUGCUGCUUACAGUCCCCUUCUCGCCCUGUGGAUUGUGUCCUUUGCCCAAACAAAGGUGGAGCCUUCAAGCAGACCAGCGAUGGCCGCUGGGCCCAUGUGGUUUGUGCCAUCUGGAUCCCAGAGGUCUGCUUUGCAAACACUGUGUUCCUGGAGCCCAUUGAAGGGAUAAAUAACAUCCCCUCAGCUCGGUGGAAGCUCACGUGCUAUAUCUGCAAGCAGAAGGGCAUGGGAGCUGCUAUCCAGUGUCACAAGGUGAACUGUUAUACUGCCUUCCAUGUCACCUGCGCCCAGCGGGCUGGUCUCUUCAUGAAGAUUGAACCCAUGAGGGAGACGAGCAUCAACGGCACAACGUUCACCGUGCGCAAGACCGCCUAUUGUGAGAGUCAUUCCCCACCUGGGACUGUGAAAAAAGGGUCUCCAGCUGCUGGUGCUGAGGGGCAGGAGGCCUCUGUGAAGGAGGAGGCAGAGGAAGAAGCCAGUUCUGGCCCUCCCAAAGGAUCUCUGAAGAAGAACCACUUGAGGUUGAAGCAGAAGAUCAAGAAGGAGCUUGGUGAUGUGACUAAUGGGCGUUCGUCUUUGCCCAUGGUGACAGUCACACAAAUUCCCUCUUACAGGCUCAACAAGAUCUGCAGUGGCCUCUCCCUCCAGAGGAAGAACCAGUUCAUGCAGAGGCUCCACAACUACUGGCUGCUGAAGCGCCAGGCGAGGAAUGGGGUGCCCCUGAUCCGGCGCCUGCACUCGCACCUCCAGUCCCAGAGGAACGCAGAGCAGAAGGAGCAGGAUGAGAAGACCAGUGCAGUAAAGGAAGAGCUGAAGUACUGGCAGAAACUGCGGCAUGACUUGGAGCGGGCGCGGCUGCUCAUCGAGCUGAUCCGUAAGAGGGAAAAACUCAAACGGGAACAGGUGAAGGUUCAGCAGGCUGCCAUGGAGCUGCAGCUUACCCCUUUCAACGUACUUCUGCGCACAACACUGGACCUGCUGCAGGAGAAGGAUGCUGCCCAGAUCUUUGCAGAGCCUGUUAACCUGAACGAGGUUCCAGAUUACCUGGAAUUCAUUUCCAACCCAAUGGAUUUUUCCACCAUGAGGCGGAAGCUGGAGUCUCACCUGUACCGAACAUUGGAUGAGUUUGAGGAAGACUUUAACCUUAUAGUUACCAACUGCAUGAGGUAUAAUGCUAAAGACACGAUUUUCCACCGAGCAGCUGUCCGGCUCCGAGACCUCGGAGGAGCGAUAUUGCGCCAUGCACGGCGGCAGGCUGAAAGCAUCGGCUUUGACACUGAUGUGGGGAUUCACCUGCCUGAGUCACCCAAAACUGAGGACUUUUACCGCUUUUCUUGGGAGGAUGUGGAUAACAUCCUCCUCCCAGAGAACCGGGCUCACCUCUCCUUGGAGGCCCAGCUGAAGGAGCUUCUGGAGAAGCUGGACAUGGUGAGCACCAUGCGGUCCAGUGGUGCCCGGACGCGACGUAUCCGGCUUCUGAGACGGGAGAUCAAUUCCAUUCGACAGAAGCUGGCCCAGCAGCAGAGCAGGACCAUGCCCAGUGGAGAGCCUGUGCUGAGGGAAGAGGGCCUGGAUAAAACACCAAGGGAAGGGGAUGAGGAAGGGGAGAAAGCAGAUGAUUCCAAGCCCCCGAACCCUCCAACCCUGGAGCCCACAGGACCUGCACCCUCCCUCUCAGAGCUGGACUCUCUGCAGGACCCUCCAAAGCUCAAACCCAUCAGUGAAAGCAAGUCCUCGAACCAGCUGCAGAAGAGGGUGGUGUUGAACAGGGAGCUCUUUGACAAGAAGGCUCUGCAGCGGGAGAGCCAAGCCUUCCAGCGCCUGCUCAGCGACAACGGGCUCAACGGGCUGGCCUUGCCCCCUGCAGAUACCCCCUCCAGCCCUGCCUUCAGUGGCGUGGGCAGACGGACAUCUGUCCUGUUCAAAAAGGCUAAGAAUGGAGUGAAGCUGCAGAGGGGCCUGGACUGCUCCCUGGAGAACGGGGAGGACCAGCAGCUUUCACCCUCCUGCCCCGAUGGGGAGCAACAAGCCCGGAAGCGGCCGCAGAGCAGGACCUGCAGUGAGAGUGAUGGAGAGAAGUCACCCAGGCAGGCAGGACAGAAAGGAGUGACCAAUGGCUUUGUGAAGCACACAGAGAGUGGCUCUGACUCUGAGUGCAGCUCUGGCCUGGGCAGUGGGCUGGUAUUUGAAGCCUGCAGCGGUUUGAUGCCUCCCAAGCGGAGUCGAGGGAAGCCAGCUCUUUCCCGAGUGCCCUUCUUGGAUGGUGUGAAUGGAGACUCUGAUUACAGCAGCUCAGGCAGGACUCUCCUGAUGUCCUUUGAGAGUCAGGCUGAGCUGGAGCCCUUGGAGCUGGUGUGGGCCAAGUGCCGGGGCUAUCCCUCCUACCCUGCCUUGAUAAUCGAUCCCAAGAUGCCACGUGAAGGUUUGCUCCACAACGGAGUCCCCAUCCCAGUUCCACCCGUGGAUGUGUUGAAGUUGGGGGAACAGAGGCAGACAGAGGCAGGAGAAAAGCUCUUCCUUGUCCUUUUCUUUGACAACAAGAGAACCUGGCAGUGGCUUCCACGUGACAAAGUCUAUCCCCUCGGUGUGGAUGACACAGUGGAUAAGUUAAAGAUGAUGGAAGGACGGAAAACCAGCAUCCGCAAAUCUGUGCAGGUGGCAUACGACCGAGCCAUGAUCCACAUGAGCCGUGUGCGGGGGGAUCAUCCCUUCCUUACAUCCAGCUACCUGUAAGGGCUCGGGGCGGCUGGUCCUCCUUUUUCUCCAGAGCCCACGCUCGCUGCAGUGGCAGAGCUGAUCACUGCGUGCACUGACUGGCCAGGGGGCACUGAUCCCAGUGGUUGUCAGCACUCCUUGAAGUACCCUGAAAUGUGCCAAAAAGCCGGUCCAGCUUCUUUCUGAAUGUGUCUCACUGAAGAGCUGGCAGGAGGUGAAAUGUAGAGUCUGCAAGUCCAGGAGGAAGGUAGUUAGGAGAAGCUGCUUGGUGAAGGUGAGCCAAUGUGGUGAGCAGAGCACAGCACUGGGAUGUUUGGACCUCAGGCACCUCCUUCAGGGGGUCAUCAACCAGCCCUGAGUAAUUCCCAGGAACCCGUGACCACUGUAACUGAACCAGGAUCCUUUAUGGAAAUCGCAACUGGACUUUCUUGUGCCAAAUUUACCCAAACCAUCAUUGGCCUUUUCAUUUUACUUUGUUUUAAAUGACAUUGAUCGUUCCAUCACAUUCAAAACCAAAAGGUGUAGCUGAGAGUUCACCCUCUGAUCUUCCUGGCUACGUCCAUAGUGUUUUCAUGUUCGAUUUCUCUCAUUUAGUUUACAAAAGCUUGAGAUAUUUUGGUAACCUUCCCCUCUGCUGCACACACAUGAAAGAGCUUUAAAUACGGAAAGCGAAGUACCUGAUUUGUGUGUGUGUGUGUAUGUCCUAGUCAUUUUUUGGUAGUUUCACAUUUAUAUGCUGAUUUCUGUGCCUGUACUUGCUCCAGCAUUUCAUGUCAUGGUUUAGUACACAACUGAGUCUAAGCAAAGAGAGCUUCCUUCUUUUAAGAAGCAAAACUAAUUUUAGAGGUGUCUGAUGAGCUGGAGCAGCUUUGCAGGCGCUGAGGUUGAUCAGGGUUGGAGGUAGGUACAUCUUUUGUGUUGCUUAUGCACAUCUGGUGUAAGGCUCCUCUUCUUUUCUUCCUUUUUUUCUGUCCCUGCUGUGUUCCUCUGGCUUGGGUUGGGUUGAAACCAAGCACUCAAUAGAGCACAUGACCAUUUUGCCUUUCUUCCUUCUCCCAUGCACAUGUAUCCGUUCCCCAGUGUGUGGGUCUCCAGCACUGUCACCCAUUGAAUCCCAAACCCCAGCUCUGCAGACAAUCCCUGGCUUUUUGGGUUUGCGUUGCAAAAAACAGGGACAACUCGUGUUUGGAAACUUGAUGACAAAAUCUUUUCUAUUAGCCAAGGACUUGGUGGUUUCUUGUCCUGUGUAUCCCUUUUUGCUUUCCCAUGUGAAGAACCAAAGGUGCAGAGCAAGAUUGUAGACUGAAUUGUCAUCACUUCGCUUUUUAACUCAGUAUUUUUUUAUUAUUUUAACUUUUUCAUACUGAAGAGAAUGUGGGGGGGGGGUGUGUUCAAAAUAAUAAUAAUUGCUAAUGACUAAUGGGGAGUAAUCACUGCCAUUUCUACUUGGUCUACUUUUUUAAGAUACCACUUCUUAUACAUUGGGAUGUAGAACCACACUUUAAGGAAGAGAUUCCUGUAACAUAUAGAGAAGGGGCGUAGGAUUUUGUAAAAAUAUUAAUAAUGCCUAUGGAGUGUGGCAAGGGAAGGACAAUGUGUAAAUAGCUGUAAAAUACUGUUCUAAAUUAUUUAGACCUCUUGUCACCAUUCUUGAAGUCCUCAGUUGUGUUGCUGGGUCUUUUAUAUGCCCCCAGUGUAAUUUAUUUAAAGGAACAUACACUUUGCAGGUGGUAGCUCAGCUGUGGACUCGUGACCUGUGUAUAUGUUUUAGGAUCUUGGGAACUGGGGUUUUGGGGGGGUUGGUUUGGUGUUGAAAUGCCAUUUUAGGCUUGGAAUUGGCUGAUAUCCUGCUGUUACUCCGGGACCCAAAUGUUACUGUCAGUCUGCUGUAAAGCACAGAGCGCUCUAUUUAUUGUAGAAAGUGAGUUUAUUUGCUUUCUAGAAUUGUUUAUAUCAGAUGGUAUAAGAGAAUUAAGAAAAUCUAUGCUUGAAAAGAAGAUGCUAAUUUUACCUACUAUAAUCUGACUGUCUGAGACUAUAUUUUCUCUCUGAGAAAUAAAUGUUCUAAUGUAUAAAA